AUGGGCUCAACCACCAACUCCAGCUAUGCCCUCUCAGAGGCACACAAGGACAUGCUCGAAAAGUCCUUGGUCGAGUCUGAUCCUGAAAUCGCCGAGAUCAUGAAAAAAGAAAUCAAGCGUCAACGAGAGUCCAUCAUCCUCAUUGCCUCCGAGAACGUCACGUCCCGCGCCGUCUUCGAUGCCCUCGGCUCGCCCAUGUCAAACAAGUACUCUGAAGGAUACCCCGGAGCGAGAUACUACGGAGGAAACCAACACAUCGACGCGGUCGAACUCACGUGCCAGGCGAGAGCCUUGAAGGCCUUCAACCUCGACCCGGAGAAAUGGGGGGUCAACGUGCAGCCACUCAGCGGUAGCCCUGCGAACUUGCAGGUCUACCAGGCCAUCAUGCGGCCCCACGACAGACUCAUGGGUCUGGACUUGCCUCACGGUGGCCAUUUGAGUCACGGAUACCAAACCCCACAGAAGAAGAUCUCAGCAGUAUCAACCUACUUCGAGACCUUCCCAUACCGAGUCAACCUCGAAACCGGCAUUAUUGACUAUGACCGACUUGAAGAGAACGCUCAGCUGUAUAGACCCAAGUGCCUCGUCGCCGGAACCUCGGCCUACUGCAGACUGAUCGAUUAUGCCCGUAUGCGCCAGAUCGCCGACAAGGUCGGAGCGUACUUGAUCGUGGAUAUGGCCCACAUCUCCGGUCUGAUCGCUGCAGGAGUCAUUCCUUCGCCAUUCGAGCAUGCUGAUGUUGUCACGACCACCACCCACAAGUCCCUGCGCGGACCUCGUGGUGCCAUGAUCUUCUUCCGCAAGGGCGUACGUAGCACUGACCCCAAGACUGGCAAGCAGGUCCUUUACGACCUCGAAGGGCCCAUCAAUUUCUCCGUCUUCCCAGGCCAUCAAGGUGGCCCUCACAACCACACCAUCACUGCUCUUGCCGUAGCGCUCAAGCAGGCUGCCACCCCCGAGUUCCGCGCGUACCAAGAACAGGUAGUCAAGAACGCAAAGGCUCUGGAAAACGAGUUCAAGGCUCUCGGCUACAAGCUUGUAGCGGACGGUACCGACUCGCACAUGGUCCUCCUCGACCUGCGCCCUCAGAGCCUGGACGGUGCUCGUGUCGAGGCCGUUCUGGAGCAGAUCAACAUUGCCUGCAACAAGAACAGUAUCCCGGGAGACAAGUCCGCCCUGACUCCCUGUGGUAUCCGUAUCGGUACACCAGCCAUGACCUCCCGAGGAUUUGGUGAGGAAGACUUCAAGCGUGUCGCUCGGUACAUCGACCAGAGCAUCAAGCUGUGCAAGCAGGUCCAGGGUGGCCUGCCCAAGGAAGCCAACAAGCUCAAGGACUUCAAGGCAGCAGUUGCCAGUGAUACUGUGCCUGAGAUCCAGAAGCUGAGACAGGAAAUUGCGGAAUGGUCUUCCACUUUCCCUCUCCCCGUGUAA